AUAGCUGUAAAUAUAUAAUUUCGACAUAAUAUGAUUGAUAAUGUUUCAUUAAACGAUUAUUUAACAUUUUUACACACCUAUGGGCCCAAGAAUUUUCAUGUUUAAGAAAAAUCCAAUGCCAAUCAGUUAGUAGUCAGUUUUUUAACGUAAUUCAUAAAAAUGUCAGAUGAUGAUGACAAGCCACCAGCUCCUCCGGUCCGUCUAACGAGUAACAGUUUUAGAGUUGCUCGUGGGGAUUCGGUACCAAAUUUGGAUAUUAUGCGGCCUUUACCAAAAGAACCAGAUUCUGACCACAAAAAGAAAACUUCUAAAAGUCGUGUUACUGGUAAACUGAAAACACGGGGUACUGGAUCAGAAGAUAAACCAGAAAUAUCUUAUCCAACUAAUUUUGAACAUACUAUGCAUGUAGGUUUUGACGCACAUACGGGCGAGUUUACAGUAAGUUAUUAUUUUUAAAGUUAAUAUAUGGUUGUAUGAAUA